AUGGCCAAGGGCACCACACUUGAGCAUAAUACAGCAGCUAGGUUGAAGCCAAUGCAUUGGUUUGCUAAAGAAAAUCGUCUCGCUAUCUCACUUUUCUUGCAAACAUUGCACGUCUUAACCACUCAAGAACCAACUCACAGAACUUACUUCAACAUCUCCCGCAGAAUGAACCUGUUUAUCUGCAAGGUCGCACUCGCAUCUGGCGGGGUGGCUACUAACAUCCCCAUUCCUGGUGACAACUUCCCUGUCGCCAAGGAGCUCGCUACGUCUUUUCUGGAUGGCGGUCCUCCUGCUGUUUCCACGGAAAUCGAACUCAUUGCACUCUUUUUGGCAUACUGCAGCUCCCGUAAUCCCGAUGUGGCCGUUGCCGUGUUCCUUCACCUCCAUCAAGGAUUCUGUCCUGACGAGAACAUCCACGUUGUGGUCCAGCAGCUGAACCUGUCUGCCGAGCAAGCGCGCACCGUCCUGAAGGGAUAUUAUUCGGUCUGGAACAUCCUUGAGGCGCGCCAGCUGCUGCCCGAAGUUCCUGUUCCCGCCAUCUUCUCGGAUGUGAACAUCAGGCUUGCUGUCAUGUUUGGUGGGCAGAGCGGAGCAGAAAGCUGCCUUGACGAAGCAGGGUGGCUUCUUGACGUUUACGGCCCGCUGCUGUCAGAUUUUGUUACCCAUAUGUCUGACUUCCUCAAGCGCGAAUCCGCUGACCCCCUAAUGGCGAAAGUCCAUUCGCGCCCACUAGACAUUGGUAGCUGGCUUACUUCUCCCGAUGCAAUGCCUGAUGCCAGGUAUCUGGCAAUGUCACCAGUUGCAAUACCCAUACAAGGACUAGCUCAAGCGAUGCAUGUGACUGUCUUGUAUAAGGCACUCCAUGUAAACCCAGGCGACCUUGUCUCACGCUUUAAUGUUGCAAUUGGACACAGCCAAGGUAUAUCCAUGGCUGCUGCCUUUGCUUCCGUGACUGACGAGGCAUCAUUCUAUGCCAUCACCGAGAAGGUGCUCGGUAUCCUCCUUGCGAUGCCAGCGAUUUUACGGUUUGAUUUCAUUUCCAACGCAUCGCAGACAGACAUUUGUGGACCUCCCUUAUGCUCUGGUGAACUAUCCAUGCCCAUGGUCUCUGUUAGUGGCCUGGAUAAAGCAACGUUGGAGUCGUUCAUUACUGCUUUUAAUGCGGAUCGCACAGACGACACGUCAAGGGUCAAUUUGACCCUAGUCAAUGGCCCCUCAGACUUUGUCGUUUCUGGACACCCAGGCGCUAUUUCCCACUUUGAUUGUUACAUCAGCAUGCACACAAUCUUGCCGACAGUGGAUCAGUCGUGCAUCCAAUUUUCUCAGCGCAAGCCAGUUGCUGUCGUUAGCCCGCUUAGCAUAUCUGAACCGUACCACUGCGAUCUCCAACUAGAGAACGCGUUUAAGGUGUACGAGUUUGCAGCUGCUAAGGGGUGGGUUCUUCACGCUGACACUCUUCGCAUCCAAGUCAAUGGUGGAGAUGAUGGGCACGAUCUUCGCGAUGAAGCUGAUCUCACUCGGUUCUUGAUUGACAGCAUGGUUAUGCACCGUGUCAACUGGCCGGUAGCCGUCAACAGCACUGAUACCACGUUUAUCAUCGACCUCAGUCCAGGUGGCUUCAGCAUCUUUGGGAAAUACACCAGAGACAUUCUGGACGGCUACGGCAAAACUGUCAUCAGCACCAGCUCGCUUAUUGCUAACACCAAGUUGCGCAUGGGGUCUAAGGCCGAUUUGUUCAAGAGGAAUAUAUCCGACGUCUUCUCAGCGCCAAACUGGCAGAGUGCUUUCGGUCCACGCCUUGUUCGAACCGCACAUGACGGCCAGCUUCAUAUUUGCACCCGCAUGUCCCUCACUCUUGGACUCCCGCCUGUGAUGGUUGCAGAGAUGAUGCCGACUACGUCCAACGAACACUUUGUCGCAGCUAUCAGCAAUGCUGGGUACUAUGUCGAGCUUGCCGGCGACGGGAUGUUUAAUGAGAAGCUGUUCUGCGAGAAGGUUAAGAACUUGGUCAAUCGCCUUGAGCCUGGCAGUGGAUUCGCUUUUAGCGCCGUCUACAUGAACCAGAAGCAGUGGGUGUUCCAAUACCCAGGUAUCCUGCAUAUGCGUCGAGAGGGAAUACCGAUCACAGGGCUCCAUAUUAGUGGUAGUGUUCCCUCAGUUGCUGUCGCCAACGGGAUAAUUGCGAACUUGCGCAAUGCAGGCAUAAAGCAUGUUGCCUUCAAGCCCGGGUCAGUGGCUACAAUUCUCCAGACACUCGCGAUCGCCGGGGCAAACCCUGACUUCCCAGUCAUUAUCCAGUGGACUGGCGGUCGCGGUGGUGGCCACCAUUCGUGUGAAGACUUCCACAGGCCAAUUCUGGAGACCUACAGCAAGAUCCGGUCACUGCCGAAUACCAUCCUGGUCGUUGGGUCAGGGUUCGGCGAUGCCGACAGCAUUCUGCCAUAUCUCUCCGGCCAGUGGAGUGUCCAGUUUGGAUAUGCGCCUAUGCCUGUUGAUGGAGUAUUGUUAGCGUCGUGUGUCCUCACUGCAAAAGAGAGUGCCAUAUCUCUGGAAGCAAAGGAGCUCAUUGCGGCAGCCACUGGCGUUGAGGACAGCGAGUGGGAGUCAUCAUAUACUGGCAAUGCUGGCGGAGUGAUAUCAACAUUGUCGGAUUUGGGAGAACAUGUCCAUAUUCUAGCUACUCGAGCUGCACUGGCUCUCAGAGAGUUGAACGACAUGAUAUUCUCAAAGCCCCUCGCUGACCAGCUGCCGACAAUCAUGGCAAACAAGGAUCAUAUCAUUAAGCGGCUCAAUGUGGACUGUGCGCGGCCAUGGUUUGGCAAGAAAUCCGACGGUCGGGUGGUUGAUCUGGAAGAGAUGACGUACCUGGAAGUACUCAAUCGACUUGUGGAGUUCAUGUACGUCGCAGACAAGUCCAGGUGGCUGGAUGUGUCCUACUGCAGACUUUUUGGGAAAUUCAUUUCGAGGGUUGAGGACCGAGUGUCUAGGGCAGAAAUCACCCGGGCAUUCAAGUAUGAUAUACAGCUUCAAAAUCCAUCAGGGAUCAUUAAUUGGCUGGUCAAAAACUACCCAGAGAUAAGCUGCACUCAUAUUGCGCUUGAGGAUGUUCAGUAUCUGGUCUGGCUUUGCAAGCGUUCUGGGACCAAGCCAGUUCCAUUCGUUCCUAUCCUCGACGCCGACCUGCAUGUCUGGAUGACAAAGGACAUGUAUUCACAGGCUGAGGAUUUGGAUACAGUUGUUGACAGAGAUGUCCAGCGUACCGUUGUUGCCUUGGGUCCUGUGUCUGCAAAAUAUGUUACCACAGUCAACGAGCCAGUCAAGGAUAUACUCGACCGUGUUUACACCGGGCUAACGGAAAAGCUUAGCAUGUGCAAUUUCGAUAAGGAUGCAUCUCUAGUCCGUCCUUGCGAGUACCUUGCACCAGAGCCUUUUCCAGUAUCGCUCCCUACCUCGGUUGCAGUGGCUGUUGAUGAGUCAAGCCGCACAUACAAGCUCCCAACCGAUGCAGCACUGCUUCCAGAUCCUGAUGUAUGGCUGGAGGCACUGGCAGGUCCUACUCAGAGCUGGCUUCGUGCACUUCUCACAUCGCCAGUUGUAGCUCGUAAGUCACUGUAUGCUGCAAAUCCAAUAAGGCAGGUUCUGCGACCGAUGGCAGGGCAGACAGCGGAGGUGGUCUUUGCUGGCGAUAGGCCGGUCAAGCUCGAUAUCCAUGGACCAACUGGGCUAUUGGACAUUCGCAUACAGCUCCAUGGUGAGAAGAAUAUUCUGAUGAUUAUUUACCAUCGGAUUGGCGAGGACCAGUUUGAGAUUCAGUUCCCUUACAUCUACAUGCCAUCCAAACCAGCAGCACUUGUUGCUGAAGACGUUGAGGGCCGGGACUUGUCAUACCGCAAUGCAUUCCUUGACAUCUAUGGAAUAGCAGCUGAGUCCGCCGACAUGGGCGGGAGUAGUCUGUAUCGACUCUUUUCGGAUAUUGAGCACAAGCCAUUCGCUGUAACGGAAGACUUUGUUCAGAGAUACUGCUCGAGUGUUCACAACUCAUCAAAAUAUUAUAAAAAAGCAGUCGGCGAGCAACAUCUGGCUCCAAUAGACAUUUUCCUCAGCGCCAUGACCAAGCAGACGCUUUCUAUUAUGACCACUCCUCCACUUUAUCAAGGACUUGUUGGAGUUCUCCAUCAAUACCAUAACGCCGAGUAUGUAUCAGGCGUGGCGAUACUGCGUGUAGGAGAUACCAUUGACUACCAAGUAGCUCUUACUGCUCUUGAAAACGUGGAUUCGGGUCUGAAAAUCACACUUACGACAAAGUUUCACCGUGAAGGAGCACUCAUUGCUACGUCUAAAGAUGUCCUCAUCUCGCCUAAUCAGCAUGUUGCAUACAGCCAGACGUUUCGAUCAGGUGAUGAACCCGUACGACGCAUGCUAAUUAUAUCUGAUGUGAUGCCAGCAGUUCUUGAAUCCAAUGAGUGGUUUACUUGCAAGGAAUCUCCUGAACCGUUCAAGAUUUUGCCUGGGGAUAUUCUGGAGUUCAAACUUCAUUCUCUGUACCGGUUCAAAUCCAAGAAUCUGUAUUCCAAGAUCAAGACAGCUGGACCUGUGUAUCGCUUACAAGCCUAUGGGGAAUUCGAGCACAUCGCUGAUGUCUAUUACGAGGGAGAUGGUGUUUGUGGAAACCCUGUCUUACAAUAUCUAGACGAAAAUCAUCUAGAAAGUAUUGGUUUUGUGCCUAUUGAGCAUGGGGGAACGGCAUCAUGGCAAGCAGGAAAUUCUGGCAUCUUGUCUAUGAAUGCUCCAUCAGAGAACUGGGAGUUUGCGCAUGCUUCUGGCGAUCAGAACAUGAUGCAUACUAAUCCGUAUAUAGCUGCAUAUCUGGGAGAAUCGGAAAUGCUUUGCCAGGGUAUGUGGACAUCUGCUGCAACCCGUGCUAUUGUCGAACGAGUUGUUGCUGAUAACGACCCUCGGCGCAUGCGCUCAUACAGCGUCCAGUUUGUUGGAAAGGUCUAUCCAAACGAUAAACUUCGGGUGGAGCUGUCUCACACGGGAAUGAACGACGGAUACAUGGUUAUCGAUGGCAAGACGCUAAACCAGAAUGGGGAAACAGUGCUGACGCUCACAGCUGAGGUUGCCCAGGCAAAGACUGCAUAUGUCUUUACUGGGCAGGGGUCACAGUUUGUUGGCAUGGGGAUGGACCUCUACAUGUCAUCCACAGCUGCCAGAGAUGUGUGGGACCGAGCUGAUAGACACAUGCUGAAGAAGUAUGGAGUUUCUCUUCUGAAAAUAGUCCAAGAGAAUCCGAGAGAGUACUUGGUUAAACUCGGUGGCAAGAAAGGCUCACCAAUUCGUACAAACUACCUCUCUUUGGUACGUGAAUAUGACGGCAAGAUAGAGCAGCUGAUUCCGGAGAUCACUCAGUCAUCAAAAUCAUACACGCACCGGUGUUCAAAUGGCUUGCUCAAUGCGACACUGUUCACACAGCCGAUCCAGACGGUGAUGUCGCUAGCUCAGGCUGCAGACAUGCGUGCUCAUGGUCUUAUCCAGGAUGAUGCCAUUUUCGCUGGCCAUUCGCUUGGUGAGUUUGGGUCACUCGCAGCAAUUGCUGAGAUUGUUUCUGUCGAGAAUGCUGUCGACAUUGCUCUCUAUCGCGGGCUUUUGCUCCAUACAUCAGUAGAUCGGGAUGCCAAUGGCUGCUCCCAGUAUGCGAUGGUAUCUGUUCACCCGCAGCUUGUUGGAAACAACUUCAGCGAGGCCAAUCUAAUCCAAAUUGUUGACCGUAUUCGUGAGCGGAAGCAGCAGCUCCUAGAAGUUAUCAACUACAACGUUCGUGGACAGCAAUAUGUUGUCACAGGACAUGUGGAAAGCCUAUAUAUCAUGUGUAUGGCUGUAGAAGAGCUCUCGUUAAGAUUUCUGUCAUUAACAGAGUCGAGAGUGGAUGAUCUAUUAUCAAGCACUAUCGAUGAUAUACUGGCUUCCCAUCCUAAUGAACAGAUAUUGCAAAAUGGCCGAGCGACAACAGUAAUACUUGGUGUUGAUGUUCCAUCGCAUUCAAGUCAGAUGUCUACGAUUUGCUUGACCAAAGGAUCCUACAUAUACAAAGGCUUCCCUUAUUACUCUGUGGGAGUUAUUGAGGAUAUCCUUCAAGUCUGGAGCACAGAUGAUGAUUGUCCGUCAAAGGAAAUGGCAUCAGUUGCACGGACUCUUCUUAUUGAGCUUUUAUCUUUCCAGUUUGCUUCGUCAGUAAAAUGGAUUGAGACACAGGACGUGAUGUUCAACAGGUGUUCUGUGAAGCGCCUGGUCGAGAUUGGUCCAAGCUCAACACUGUGCCGUAUGACAACCCAAACUUUGGAGAGCGACAAUUGGUUGCGCAAAGAAGUUGCUACUCUACAUGCACUCAAGGAUAAAGAUGAGGUGUACUACAUAGGUGCUCAAAGAGAUGCUGUACCUACUAACCCAUUGCUGUUAAGGUCAGCUCAGAGUUCAAGCACUAAACCGAGCAUUCAAGAGAAACCAUUUGAGCCCCAAAUUCCUGCCGUGGAGAAACAGGUACCUUCGCUUCCUGUUCUGCCAGCUGUGGUCUCAUCUGUUGAUGAUGUGCCUAUUCCAAUUGUUGACAUACUGGUAACAGUUAUUUCACGAAAGCUCUCUAUGGCUGUUCCUGAGAUCAAUCCCAACAAGUCGAUUAAGGAACUUGUAGCUGGAAAGUCAAUGGUGCAAAAUGAACUAUUUGGUGAGUUCCAAAAGGAAUUUGGUAAGAAACUUCCUGAUCAUGCAGAGGAGCAGCCCAUAGAGGAGCUUGCCAAGAAGCUUGGAAGCACUACGGACUCCCUUGGCAAGCACUCUCAGUCGCUUGUCGGCAAACUGCUGACUAGCAAAUUCCCAAGUGGGUUCACACUGUCAGCUGCUCGUUCUUAUUUGAUGGAUAAAUACGGGCUGGGUCCGCGCAGACAAGAUGCCUUGCUACUAUUGUCAAUUACUAUGGAGCCACCAAAUCGACUUGCUGAUGAUAAUGCAGCCCAUAUUUGGUUGGAGACAGCUGCCCAAAAGUAUGCAAGACAUGUAGGAAUACCAUUGACGGCUGCAACACAAACUGGAAAUAGCAGUGGCAACAUGGCAAGUUCGGUUGUUAUCAACAGCGCUGAAUUUGACAAGGCUCAGAGGAACCAAAGAAAAUUAAUUCUUGAUCAGAUAGAGACGCUCGCGAGACAUGCAGGCCAUGAUAUGCGCCAAGGUGCCAGAUCAGCUAAUGAGCAGCAGUUGGAGAUUGCAGCUCUCGAGCUCGACAUUAAUGAAAUUAAACGAGAGGUUGGUGACAAGUUUAUCGAAAAAACCAGAAUGCAGUUUGAUGCAUACAAGGCUCGUCACUUUGACUCAUACUGGAACUGGGCCCGUCAGGAUGUGUUUGAGUGGAUCUCUGGGAUUCUGAGUGGAGAGAAGCCAAGUAUGGAUCAGGAUACAUAUAUGAAACGUAUCCACAUGCUCAAGAACCGGUCCAAUCCUGGACUGCUCUCGAUGUUGCAGGCAUUUAUUGAGACUCUCAAAGAAGCCCCUAUCCCUUUUUCCCAACAUGCUCUGAAACAAGCAGAUAUCAUAUAUGCUGCCUGUAAGGAGUCAGAAAAUGUGGCACCUGUCUAUAAAGAGCUUUCAACCCCAAUGCGACCACAUACUGAGGUUACUCAUAAAGGUGAUAUCGUCAGUUCCGAGAUUCCUAGGGAAGGCGAGAAAUCGAUAUGUGACUACAUCAAGAGUAUGAAAAGCACCAACCAGGAUGGAUUGCCUUUGCUACAUAUGCAUGAAAAGCAUGCUGGAAACACUUGGUCAUAUGACAAGGAGUUGACUGAUGAAUACUUCAGUUCGAUGGAGGACGCGGCGGUAAACGGUAUAUCGUUUGAAGGCAAAUGUGCACUGGUUACCGGGUGUGGAAAGGGAUCCAUUGGCUCAGGAUUGGUCGAAGGCUUGCUAUCUGGUGGAGCUAAAGUGGUUGCUACAACGUCCAAUUAUUCCCUGUCGUCAAUCCGAUUCUUCGAGGAGAUGUACCGGAAGUUUGGUUCUCGCGGAUCUGAACUGAUUCUUGUCCCUUUCAACCAGGCAUCAUCAUGCGAUGUAGAGGCCCUCAUCCAAUAUAUCUACAAUGACGAUGGCCUUGGCUGGGAUCUGGACUACAUUGCCCCAUUUGCUGCUUUCCCAGAACAUGGCAAAGAUGCAGCAAGUGUAGACUCCUAUUCUGAGCUAACAAUCCGUAUCCUUCUGACUAAUCUGUUCCGGAUAAUAGGACAGGUUAAAGCAGCUAAGAUAAGGACUGGAAACAUCCUCCAGCCAUCGUUACUUAUUCUACCACACUCGUACAACCGUGGAAUGGUAGGCUAUGAUGGGAUGUAUGGUGAAACAAAGGCAGCCUUGCAUACACUGUAUAACCGUUGGCAUUCCGAAUCAUGGUCUGAAUAUAUCUCCAUAACGGGGGGUGAUAUCGGAUGGACUCGUAGCACAAACAUGACAUUUGGAAGUGCAAAUGUGUAUGUAGCCAUGGAAGAAAUUGGCAUGCGUACGUUCUCUCGUGAGGAAAUGUCUUUCAACAUACUUUGCCUGCUAUCACAAAGAAUGGAAGAGGCAGCGCACAGCAAUCCUGUGUUUGGCAACUUCAAUGGCAUGUACAAGGUAAACGAAGGCUUUGGGAAAGAUCUGGAGAAAAGUCGCUCUGAACUUAAAUACGCUACCAACGAAAGAAAGGUAAUAAAUGCAGCCUAUUGCCUAAAGUUCAUAGCGGAGAAUACGGAGGCCAUAUUACGAGUGGAACAGGGAAAUAAGACGAUGCCCCGAGCCCAGCACAGAAUCGACGCACCACUUGUAAAGUCAUAUGAACAGCUCGAACACCUAAGAUGCCUGGAGGGCAUGCUCGACUUGGAUAAAGUUGUCGUUGUGACAGGGUUUGGCGAAGUUGGAGGAUUUGGGAAUGCAGCCUUGCGCUGGGAACAGGAGGCGCAUGGUGUGUUUUCAGUGGAAGGCUGUAUUGAGCUGGCAUGGAUGAUGGGGCUGAUCAAGAGGUUCUCAGGCGAUCAUCCUGACACUGGAAGUUAUUACAUUGGUUGGGUUGACGCAAAGACACAGGAGCCAGUGCAUGACAUGAACAUCAAGGCAAAAUACGAGCCAUAUAUCUUGGAACAUACCGGUAUUCGUGCUGUUGAGCCAGAAGUUUGGGGGGAGGAUGCGGUGAAUAUGAAGUCCUUCAUCCGCGAGCUUCAAAUCGAUCAGGACAUGCCUCCAUUUGAGACCAGUGCAGAGGAAGCUGUUCAUUUCAAACAGGCUAAUAGGGACAAAGUUGACAUAUGGGAGAACCCUGAUGGGACAUGGUCUGCGGCUACUUUUAACGGCGCCCUUUUAUCUCAAUUGCCCACCGGAUGGGAUCCAGUUCGGCUAGGAAUACCCAAGGGCCUUGCACAGGGUAUGGAUGAGUUGAACCGCUACACACUCAUUGCUGCGAUGGAAGCGCUUCUCAAAUCUGGCAUUACAGAUCCAUAUGAGCUCUACCAGUACUUCCAUGUUUCGAAGGUUGGUCACUCAGUUGGAUCUUGUUUAGGUGGAGCACAAAGUAAUACAGACUUGGUACGCGGCAGGUAUAUGGACAAGAAUGUGCACCCGGGCAAGUUGAUCGAGUGCUCUGUCAAUAAUAUGAGUGCAUGGCUCAAUACGCUUCUGUUCUCGGCAUCUGGCCCAUUAAAGCCGACUGUUGGCGCAUGUGCUACUUCAGCCAUCGCGCUAGACCUUGCUGCAGAAUCUAUUAUCCAAGGAAAAGCGGAUAUUAUGAUUGCUGGUGCAGGCGAGGGGUAUACCAGUGAUAUGUCAUAUGAGUUGAGUUUGAUCAAUGGCAUCGUGAAUCCUACGGAUGAGCGCAUCAAAGGAAGAGAUCCUAAGGAGUGCUCACGGCCCUGUACAUCUACCAGAGGUGGGUUUGCUGAGAGCUAUGGCUCAGGGAUGGCCGUUCUAAUGUCAGCCUCUGCAGCUCUCAAAUAUGGUGCGCCAAUCUAUGGAAUUUUGGCAAUGACUGCCACUGCCACCGACAAGUCAACACGUAACUCGGGUGCCCCAGGCCAAGGAAUAUUGUCGAUUGGAAAGGAGAGUCCUACCCUGUCAGACUUGCAACUGCUUGAUAUCCAUUAUAGGAGGCAGAUGCGUGACGCACAGCUGGCUGCACUAGAUCGUAUCAGCAAUGCCAGCGUGGUGAACAAGAUGAAAAAGGCAGCUAAGACAACAUGGGGCAACGACUUUUACAAAAUGGGUGAGUCUAUCUCGCCCCUUCGUGCUGCACUAGCGACAUGGGGUCUUGGUGCAGAUGAUAUUGGGCUGGCGUCAUUCCAUGGAACAUCCACCAAGCUGAACGAUAAGAAUGAGUCCAACAUUGUGAACAUACUCAUGAAGCAAAUUGGACGCACGCCUGGUCUUCCAGUCCCUGUUGUUUGCCAGAAGUGGAUUUUAGGCCAUAUGAAAGCAUCCUCUGCGAGUUGCUCCAUGCAUGGUAUUCUUCAGUCAAUGACGACGGGGCUGAUUCCAGGAAAUAGGAAUGCUGACAAUAUUGAUAAAGAUUUUGAGCGGUUUGAGCAUCUCGUCUAUCCGAGUAAGACUAUCCAUGUGCCGACUAUCAAGGCCGCGCUAUUCACAUCGUUUGGAUUCAGCCAGUCCAAUGGAGCAGGACUUAUCGUUCAUCCGGACUACCUAUUUGCCGCACUUUCAAAGGAGGAGCUGGACGAGUACACAACUAAAAGUCGAAGAGCGUAUGAAGAAGUCAACUCGCUACCUGCAGGGUGCACUCCUUGGAAAUCACACGUAUUUCCAGGCAAAGGAAGCAGCCCCAUUCUCACAGGAACAAGAAGCUAA